GCUCUUUUGACUCCCUCUCGGUGUGAUCAUUUCACGCUCCCCUCCAAGGCCUUUCCACCUAAAGUGUUUAGUCUCAGAUCACUGCGCCCUGUGCAGUGUCGCAAUAGGGAGCGGAAGGGUCGAAUUAUUUCACCCCUUUAUACAACUCACCAAAAAGUACUGUUGCGAGAGAGAGAAAAGAGAGAAAGGGGGAAAAAAAGUGUGUGAGGAGGGAGAGGGGAAGCGUUAGAGAAAAGUUUUUUGUUCUUUCUCCCCCCCAACACCCCCACACCCCCACACAUCCAUCGCUUCCCCCGCCCAGCUCCAAGCCCAACGGGAGCAGAAUGGAAGUAGAGGCCGAGGGUCAUGUGCUGAGGCCGGGAAGAGCAGGACAUGGAGGGGUGAAUCAGUUAGGAGGCGUGUUCGUGAACGGCAGGCCCCUCCCAGAUGUGGUGCGAACGCGAAUCGUAGAGCUGGCUCACCAAGGGGUCCGCCCCUGUGAUAUCUCUCGACAGCUCCGGGUCAGUCACGGAUGUGUCAGCAAGAUACUGGGGAGGUACUAUGAGACAGGAAGUAUCCGUCCCGGGGUGAUUGGAGGAUCCAAACCAAAGGUUGCUACACCCAAAGUGGUGGAUAAGAUCGCCGACUACAAACGCCAAAACCCCACCAUGUUCGCCUGGGAGAUACGAGACAGACUAUUGGCUGAGAGAGUGUGUGACAACGAUAGUGUCCCCAGUGUCAGCUCUAUCAACAGGAUCAUCAGGACUAAAGUCCAGCAGCCUCCGGGUCAGUCAGGACCUCUCUCUGCUCAUAACCUGGCGUCGUCGGUAGCGUCGACACAGGUUUCUGCGGUGACCAGUGACUCGGCUGGCUCCUCCUACUCCAUCAGCGGCAUUCUGGGUAUCAGCUCAGCUAACGACGGGAAGCGGAAGAGAGACGAUGCCCUCCAGGAGUCUCCUCUAGCCAAUGGCCAUGGUCCAGGAGGGCGGGAUUUCCUGAGGAAGCAGAUGAGAGGGGAUCUCUUCUCGCCGCAGCAGAUUGAGACAUCAGAGUAUUCGGCCAUGGCUCUAGCCGGUGGAUUGGAGGAGAUGAAAACCAAUCUGGCCAAUCCAGGGUCAGCGGGGGAGCUAGGAGCCAGUGUUCCGGGCCCACAGUCCUAUCCACUGCCAGGUCGAGACCUCUGCAGCACCACGCUCCCCGGCUACCCCCCACACGUCCCCCCAACGGGCCAGGGCAGCUACUCUGCCUCCUCACUGACUGGUAUGGUACCUGGAGGAGAUUUCUCCAUUUAGUCCCUAUUUCUCCACCCUCAGUAUUUCUCCAUUUAAGGUUAUUAACCUGUAGCGAUGUCCUCUCUCUCAGUGUUCCAGCAGGACUAUGGGUCUCUCCUGGGGACGGAGAUCGGAUGUUCCUCUGGGCUCUUCACCACCAGCCAGACGGGACAGAUGCAAGGGUCGCCGUACUACUACAGCGCGGCAUCGCGAGGGGCGGGACCGGCUGCCACGGCAACUGCCUCCGCCUACGACCGCCACUGACCCCGCCCAUCAACGAUGAAGAGGGGGAUGAGGAAGAGGAGGAAGAAAGGAGAGAUAGCACCAGCACUGUCCAAUACUAGCCUGCCUACUGAUGGAGGAGAAGGAGGA